AUGAAAACUCGAAUACUGAUGAAUAGUAUUAAAAUAGGAAUAACAGAUUGUGCACGUUAUGGAAAUUAUGAACGUUGGAUGUUAGAUGCACCAGAAAAAGUUGAUCCGAUUCGUUUAUCUUAUCAUUUAAGUAAUCUUGAUGAUAUUGAAAAAUGUCAUGGCUUAAUUUUAUCUGGCGGUGAAGAUGUUGAUCCACGUCGGUAUAAACGACCAGAUCUUAGUGGACGCAUUGAACUAACUGAUAUUGAUGAAAAACGUGAUGAUUUUGAAAUUGAAAUUAUUAAAUAUGCCUUACAACUUAAAUUGCCAAUAUUAGCGAUUUGUCGAGGAAUGCAAUUAUUCAAUGUUUAUCAUGGUGGUACAUUGCUUUAUGAUAUUCCUUCAAUGACAAAAAUUAUUGGCCAUGCUAAAAUACAAGGAGUGGAUCAACGUCAUGAUGUUUUCGUCAGAGAUGGGGCAUUUCUGAAAGAAAUCACUGGUUGCCUGAAAGGUGCUGUUAAUUCUGCGCACCAUCAAUGCAUUGAAAAAGUCGGUGCUAAUCUAGCAGUAGUUGCUAAAGCUGAAGAAUCUGUUAUUGAAGCAAUAGAAUGGAAAGCUCCUUGUGAAAAUCCAUAUUUUUUAGGUGUUCAAUGGCAUCCCGAACGAAUGGUCGAUCAAACAAGUCCGUUUUCAUGCAAUAUUCGACAAGCAUUUUUAGAUUCUAGCAUUAAAUACGAGGAAAGAAUAUUAUCAUCAGAGAACGAUAUCAAUCACAAAAUUGAACUGCAAGAUAUCGAUGAAAUUGAAAAUAAACCACCGUUAACAUAA